AACAUACCUCAGUUUACCAUAGAGCCAGCGCACGACAAUUACCCCGAUGAAGCCCAACCAUCAGUCCCUAAACUACGGUAUCCCCGAUCCGUGCCGUUCAUUAUCGGCAAUGAAUUUUGCGAACGCUUCACAUAUUAUGGGGCAAAAACAAUUUUGGUCUUAUAUUUUACACAAAUUAUUCGCUAUUCUGACAACGAGGCCACUGAGUAUUAUCAUUUAUAUUCAAGCUUGUGCUACUUUACCCCGAUUAUUGGCGCCAUUAUAGCAGACACGUUUCUCGGCAAAUACAGGACUAUAUUUUACUUAUCAAUACUGUAUGCAAUCGGCAAUAUUGUACUCUCCUAUUCGGCCGUAGCUGAGAAAAGUGUUUCAGCAUUUGGCGGCGACCAAUUUGGCCCUGGUCAGGAAAAGCAUCUGGCGAAAUUUUUUUCAUUUUUCUACAUUGCAAUCAACGCCGGGUCCCUAUUGUCCACAUCCACGACACCUAUUAUGCGCGAAGAUGUCCAGUGUUUUGGUCGGGCCUCGUGUUACCCCUUGGCAUUUGGUGUGCCCGCUGUUUUGAUGAUUGUGGCCCUGGUGUUAUUUGUGUCCGGUCGAUAUUUGACCACUUAUGUAAUUAAUCCGCCCCAAAAGGAGAGUAUCUUGCUUAAAGUGGUCAAAUGUGUUUUUACAUCGCUAGGGAGAAAAUGGUUCAAAAAAGUGCCAAAACGCGAUCAUUGGUUAGAUUAUGCGGAUGAUAAAUACGAUGCACAAACCUUAGCCGAUAUAAAAGCAGUAAUGCGAGUAUUGUUUCUGUAUUUACCAUUACCAAUUUUUUGGGCACUAUUUAAUCAACAGGGCUCGCGCUGGACACUACAAGCGACUAAAAUGGAUGGUAAAUUAGGCAGUUAUCGUAUGAAGCCUGAUCAAAUAGGGAUAGUGAAUCCCAUAUUGAUCAUUUUAUGCAUACCAUUGUUUAAUUACGUUAUAUACCCGGUGUUAACCAAAUUCAACUUGCUCAAAAGACCGCUGCAGCGAAUGGUGGCGGGUGGUGUGUUGGCAGGGGUAGCAUUUGCCAUUUGCGGGUUUUACCAGUUAUCAAUUGAAACUGAAUUGCCACCCGCGCUAUCUGGUCACUCUAUUCACGUGACUAUAGUAAAUGGUUUAAAUAGUGAGAUUACGGUAAAAAACAGUCUAUUAUUUACCGAGAAAAGCCUAUCAUUGGAUAAGUACAACAUUCAUACCAUACCCAAUGUCGAUAUAAACGAGUUAACAUCAAAAGGGUUAACGUUUGACAUUACCCUUACGGGCGGUGCGAAUAUACCCGGCUGUUCACCGAAUGUGGAAUAUUCCCCACAAUUAAGUCCUGGGUUCCAGAGGAGUGUAAAUGGUGGCGCGUUGGCCGCAACUGUUUAUAAUAUACGUGAUUUGGUGUCAAAACCGACCUUAAAUAUUAUGAAUGACGCAUACAUUACAUUCAAGUUUGAUAAUAGCGAGUUUGUAGAAUAUUUUAAUUCCACUACAAGCGAUGGUCACCCUACUAUUACUGGCGAUACUAAACGCUACGAGGGUUACGUGCCGUACAAAAAGGAACUUUAUGUUCACAAAGGCGGUGAAUACGAAUUAUUAUUACUAGAAAAUGACCAUGAUAGUUCUGCCCACUUAGCUAUUAAAGGUAUAGACCUUCUUCAAGGCGGCGCUUAUUUGUCAAUUAUAUAUUCAGAUAAAAAUGGUAAGUUAGCGGGCGUUGCACACAAUUUAGUUGCGCCAAACUCGUUGUCCGUAUUCUUACAAGUUAUUCAAUACGCUGUGAUAACUGGCGGUGAGAUUAUGUUUUCAAUUACCGGCUUGGAAUUUUCCUACUCCCAGGCACCCCAUAGUAUGAAGUCUAUUGUGACAGCUGCCUGGUUAUUGACAGUAGCGUUUGGCGAUUUGAUCAUCAUAAUUAUUUCAUCCGCUCAAAUGUUUGACGAGCAGUCUAGCGAGUUCUUUUUCUUUGCUGGACUAAUGGUGGCCGAUAUGAUUGUGUUUGCAAUAAUAGCCUAUUAUUACCAGCCAUAUAAGGGCAACAAUGAUGAUGGUGAUAAAGUAGAUGAUAUUGGAAAUAAUGCCAAUUCUGUAGAUGAUGGUAAUUUAAAACAAAAAGGU